AUGGUCUGCUGUGAAAUGAACGUAUUUAUAAACAAAUUGUUUUAUCUCGUCAUUGCAUACUCUGCCACUUUGGUAGAACCAGAAUGGGACGACCAUGUUUCAUCAUCAAAAGCCAAAACUUUGAUUUUUUCUAUAUGUAAUUGUGAGUUUAUUGUGACAUUAUUUACUGUUACAAGUAUAUUAAGCAUUACUUCAGCGGCUAGUAAAUUAUUACAAAGUGUGACACAAGAUGUUGCUUCUGCCACUAAUUGUAUAAAUGACAUUAUAAAGACCCUAAAUGACAAACGCACUAAUUGUGAUGUGCAAUUUAAAAAAGUAUUUGAAGAAAGUAAAAAUGUAAUGACUGAGUUAGAUGUAGAAAUUAAGCAACCAAGAAUUGUAAAAAAACAAAAUCAAAGGUGUAAUACACCAGCCAAUUCUAUUGAAGAAUAUUACCGUAGAAUAUUAUUCAUACCUAUUAUUGAUAAUGUGUUAGAAGAUAUCAGAUACCGUUUCUUGAAUGACAAAAACAAAACAAUUUCCUUGCUGAUGCAACUCAUUCCAUCAAACACAAUUAAAAUGUCUUCAGAAACUAGUAAUGAAUUAAUUCAAACAGUCGGUGACCAGUAUGCAUUCCUUAAUUUUAAUACAUUCAUGUUCAGAGGUGAAUUAGAAUUAUGGAAGACUAAAUGGACCACACAAAAGAAUGAAGGAUUAAAUAUUCCAAAUGAAGUGUUUUCUGCUUUUGAUGAAUGUUCUAACAUAUUUUUCCCAAGUAUAAGAAAACUAUUAUUGGUCUUAGGUACACUUCCUGUCAGCGUUGCUACUGCAGAGCGUAGUUUUUCCACUCUUAGAAGGUUGAAAACUUGGAUAAGAAGUGAAAUGGGCCAAAGUAGGUUAACAGGUUUGGCGCUUUUGCAUAUACACAGGCAGCUUCCGUUAAACGUAGACAAGAUAAUAGACCGCUUUGCUAAGGAUAAAAGAUGUUUAGAUUUUGUUAUAUAA